UGAACUAUAGCCCUGAAUAGAGGCUCUUCAUGGUUCGUUUCUCAGAACUUUAUUCUAGGCCAAGUUUCACAUGAUUUAUCUAUUAACUCUACAUGCACAACGUUUUUAUAUAACUCAUGUGGACCUCUGACUUGACACGUACUAACCUCUUUUUCAUCUGGGGCUUUCUAGUCCUGGUCUGCUUUAAUGGAGAGGAAUAGCAAUCCCAUUGAAGACUACUCCAUCAAUAUCUUCUCCAUUGCUAUGCAUCAGCCAGACAACUCUGAAGCCCAGGUGUCUGAUGACAACAAGACUGGUGCCACUUUGCUCUUCUCUGGUGUCUUUUUGGGGCUAGUAGGAAUUACUUUCAGUGUAAUGGGAUGGGCAAAAUAUGAAGGAGUCUCUCAUUUUGAAUGGACUCAGUUGCUAGGACUGAUUCUGCUUUCAGUUGGUGUGACUUUCUUGCUUAUUGCAAUGUGCAAUUUUAAAAUGCUCACCUGUAAGCCUUGCAGUGAAAGAGAGGAAGGCACAUCAGGCGUGGACCAGACUUGUGGACAGUCAUUUGUUUUCACUGGAAUUAGCCAGCCAAUAACUUUCCAUGGGGCAACAGUGGUACAAUAUAUCCCUUCUUACCCAGCCCAGGAAAGUUUGGGUAUAAAUUCUGCAAAUUUCCACCAAGUUUGCAGCAAUCAUGGACAUCCUCUGUCUUCUGGAUCAAUCAUUCCUGAUCCCAACCCUCCCCAGUAUUAUAAUGCCUACCCAUUGGAUAACCUUGCAUUUUCUGCAGAUGAGGAUCACUCUGCUUGUCUUGCAGUGGACACCAGAAGUGAACGGUCAACUGAUAGCUUCAACGAACCCAAGGGAGCUUUGUUUGAAGAUGUUUACUGUGAUUUCUCACCUCCACCAUAUGAGAAACUGUUUUCAUUGCCAUCAUACAUAUUAAAAGGGAAGUCUACCUAACACUCCAUAAGGACUGUGCUUGUUUCUGUGAGAUAUUUAUAUGUACUGAGCAAGUAUGA